UGGAAGUUGUAGUUUCUAACACUAGCUAGGUCCAUGAUGCACACUUCCGCGUCUUCUACUUGUAGGACUACAAGUCCCAGGUGGGGUUUGAGGUGGAGUGUGACUUACACAUGGAGAUACACCAUGGCGGUGUACUGUUUCGUGUGACAGGUAGACUAGCUUGAGAAAACACUGGAGUGAAGCGCGCUGUCAGCCACGGCGGGGAGACUAAAUAAAAGAUGGGGUCUCGAAUCAAGGAGAGCCCUGAGUCCACAUUUGAGGUGUAUCUGGAGGUGGCCCACCCAGGCAUGCACAGCUCUGGACCAGAGCUUCGUCGGCAGUUCCCUGAGGACUACACAGACCAGGAAACCCUUCAAACUGUGCCCAAGUUCUGUUUCCCUUUCAACAUGGACAGUCUGUCAGUCAAUCAGGUUGGCCAGAACUUCACUUUUGUGUUGACUGACAUUGAGAGCAACCAGAGAUUUGGCUUCUGCCGCCUCUCUUCAGGUGCACAUACUUGCUACUGCAUUCUCAGCUACCUGCCCUGGUUUGAAGUCUUCUACAAGCUGCUUAAUAUCCUCGCAGAUUACACUGUCAAAGGCCAGGAAAGACAGUGGCAGGAGCUCCUGGUGUCACUACAUACACUGCCCAUCCCUGAGCCUGGAGUCCCUAUUCACCUUGGUGUGCAUUCCUUUUUCACUGUGCCUGACACAAGGGAACUUCCCAGCAUACCUGAGAAUAGAAACCUAACAGAGUACUUUGUAGCAGUAGAUGUCAAUAACAUGCUUCAUCUGUACGCUAGUAUGCUUUAUGAACGUCGAAUCCUCAUCUGCUGUAGCAAACUUAGCACUUUAACAGCUUGUGUCCAUGGGUCUGCAGCCAUGUUAUAUCCAAUGCACUGGCAACAUGUUUACAUUCCCGUCUUGCCUCAGCAUCUUUUAGACUACUGCUGUGCCCCGAUGCCCUACCUCAUUGGAGUCCACUCUAGCCUGAUGGAGAAAGUUCGAGGGAUGGCUUUGGAUGAUGUGGUGGUCCUGAAUGUAGACACAAACAUGCUUGAAAGCCCCUAUGAUGACCUUCAGAGCCUUCCCAAUGAUGUGGUUUCUUCUUUGAAAAGUCGACUGAAGAAGGUUUCAACAACAACAGGAGAUGGUGUGGCUCGAGCUUUCCUCAAGAGUCAGGCAGCUCUGUUUGGCAACUACCGAAAUGCCCUGCAAAUUGAGCCGGAGGAACGCAUAACAUUUAAUGAAGAAGCCUUUGUAAACCAUCGUUCUAGUGCCAUGAGACAGUUCCUUCAGAAUGCCAUUCAGCUGCAGCUCUUCAAACAGUUCAUUGAUGGCCGCUUAGACCUGCUGAACUCAGGCGAGGGUUUCAGUGACCUCUUUGAGGAGGAAAUCAACAUGAGUGAAUAUGCAGGCAGUGACAAAAACUACCACCAGUGGUUGUUCACUGUGAAGAAAGGUGGUGGUGCUAUCUUCAACACAGUGAAGACCAAAGCAAACCCAGCCAUGAAGACCGUUUAUAAAUUUGCCAAGGAUCAUGCAAAAAUGAGGAUCAGAGAAGUCAAGAGCCGGUUGAAACAAAAGGAACAAGCAGAAAAUGGAAUCUCCGCUGGGGGUUCAGCAGUCAUUGAUGAUGACAGCACAGCAGGAUUUGCCUCUUCCACUAGUGCAGCAAGAAGGGAAAGGUCACUGCGAACCUGCGAUGACGGUUGGCCAGUUACUGUGCACUUGGGACAGGCUUGGCCACCAGUGCUUUUGAAGAGACCAAGCAGUAAUGUGAGUCUGGAAAGCAGUAUUGACCACUCUGUCCAUCCUACUCGUCACUACACAGUCUUUCUGUCUGAGGAUUCAUCUGGAGAUGAGCUCCAAUACGACAAUGAGUCCAUCUCUGGGUUUCCUGACAGCUUUUUCUUCUCCGUCCCUUUUGAGUGGUCUCCUCUGCCACAGCCAUACCGCUCCUUAAAAGAGGUUGAGUUAAUAGAAAGUCAUGAUCCUGGUUUUGGGCCAGAAAGUCACACUGCCCCUCCUAGCCCAGUUAAUGAGAAGUUCUCCAAUCUCAACCUGCUGGGUGACAUUUUUGGCUGCCUGGAUGAACCUGACAGUCAACCAGUUGCCUUGGCUAAGAGUCUCGAGGACCUGAGGACUCCCAAAGACUCUGAUGAGCUGCAACCCAAGUUCACCUACCAGCGGAUGGACCUAAGCGUUGGUGACAGUUCGCGAACACUUCCAGGGCUUAAGUUCUCCAGCUCUUACAACAAGCUGUGGAGUGCAGGGCAGGAAAAAACACCUUUGGCUGUUCCCCCUAUCUGUAAUAGACCUCUGUCUGUCCAACUUCCUGUGCAGACAGGAAUUCAUUCCCCAGCCCAUGAGAGCACCAGCACAUGCCCUGAACCUCUGGACAUUUCCACCUCUGGUAACAUCACCAUUCCUCGACCCCAUGGAAGGAAAACACCUGAACUUGGUUGUGUCUUAGCACCUCCAGUGGCCCAGUCACGCUCCAAACUAGCAGGAACUGGUGAGGGAAGGACUACAUCAGGGGGACAAGAGUUUAGGCAAGCCCUCAGCAUGUCCACAGAUGGAGAUCUGCUGAAGCCCACCAAGGGUACUAAGGACAGUAUAGAUCUCAUAAGCCUUUUAGAUCCCCUUAAGAACUCAGCACAGACCUGCUCCACUACAUCAACUGAUGUGACAGAUAGUGGUAUCUCAUCCUCUUGCAAGCCAGCACUACAAGCUAGGUCCCACCCACAGGGCUUGCCUUCUUUCCCACUACAUCCAAACAUAUCACUGAACCCUUUCACCCAGUCUUUACAACAUCCUUCCCCUCAAAUGCAUUACUCACCAACUGUAAGUGGAAAUCCCUUUAAUACAGUCUAUAGCCCUCCAAUAGGCCCUUAUCUGCCUGCUCCAACCCAGCCACAGUCCUUUUCUACACUACCAGGGCUCUAUAGACAGCAUUCACCAGGCAGUUCCACUCUCCCCCCCAGCUAUGGACUGCUCCAGUCAGCUUUCCUGUCAUCAGGCACCUCUCUGCCCCACUCUUCUGCCAGCAAUCAAACUUUUUCCAGCCUGGUCGAUUCCACGUCUGUGCCCUCCACAACAAUAAAUGUACUGACAAAGCCACUUAACGCUGAGCGAGACAGCCAGAAGCCUCAGGAUCCUUUUGGGGAUUUGCUGUCUAUGGCCUCACCAGCUUCGUCCCAAGAACAGAAGGUGGAGGAUCUCCGCAGGAAGUGGGAAACAUUUGACUAAAACCUGUAUAUAUACACAGAAUAUCUGUUCUUUUGUCACUUCGUCCACUGCUCUAUCAGGACCUUGGGUUGCUUUUAAUGGUGCAAUAACUGUAGUCUGUUCAGCUUGUGUAGCUUAAAAACAAAAAAACAGAUUGAAUGAGGAUUAAACAGAUGCUGACAAAUACCUAUUAGACUCUGUUAGAGUUGUCCUGAUUGAAUAGUGAAAAAAAUGAAAAUCAGCUACAUUUUAUAUGCUUUCUAAAACCAGGCUAAAAAUGGAAAAGAAAGUAGAUGGGAAUCUGUUGGCACUGCUGGUUUCCCCCCAUAGAUGAUAGGCUGGAACUUGCAUUUUUGAGCUCAGAUUAUCAAUUACAAAGUAAUAAGACAAGAUACAGUAAAUAAAACACACAUUGAUCAUCCACAUCAUUGAAACCACCUUCCUAGUAUUGUGCGCAUUACAUGUUUUUUGGGGGAAUGUUCUCUCAAAUGACAGGAUUUUCUUCUUUGUGUGUAUGUUGUGCAUUUAUAGUCCAGCUGUAUAAAUGCAUUAGAGAUGAUGUAUCAAAGUGCUUUUCAAACCAGAGUUGCUUUAUUGUAGUUCUAAAAACUACUGAAGGAGGAGGCCUCUAACACUGCACUGCAGGACAAAGGUGUUAUACUGAGUAUGCAAGAGUACUCUUUCUUCCAAGUGUCCAUGUUUAUGUUCAUAAGCAAAUACAAUGCAGGUCUUAGAACUCUGUUUUAAGGUUUUUGUUUUAGUUCCCAUUUGGCAUAAGUACUCUUCAGGCAUAAGAGGAACCAUUAGUUUACUUUGUUUGAUUGAACACAUGAGUAUGUAACUGCAAAAACAAAACAAAAAACGCAAGCAUUAGUUGUGUGAGCAAAAGCUCUCAGUGAUAGCCUCAAAGAUUAAACAAAAAAAAAGAGUAAAACUGUUGUGAUUUUUGAUUUGUAAAUACCAACUGUAUCUACUAUUGUCAGUUCAGAGUUCCUGAAAAAAGUCCCGGAAGGUAUUAAGUUCUCUGUGGAGCUGCUCAGUAGGUCAUUACCAUCUGGCAGGUUCCAGAACAGUUUGCUACAAAGGCAUCUAUUAACUGCCACAGAAGGUCCUGAUCUAGUAGGUAAAAAUGGUCACGUGGUGACACCCUGACCCUCUCAGUCUGAUUUACUGUAUUGAACAGACUGGGAAAGUGGAUGCAGUUCACAUCAUGUGGAGAAACCUAAGACUUUGACAUUAUGCGAGAUUUCCUGGGUCAAAUGAUAGAAAGAAAAAAAAAACAGCAUUGCUUUAAGGCCGUUCACCAAGAAACAUUUGCUUGUACAUUUCUUUGCACGGUUUUCUUGUGGGUCAUCUGUCUUCAGUGCCAUGUGAGUAUAAACAAUGAAAAUGGCACGUAUUAUUUACUGAAAGAGCAUAAAUGUCAACAGCAUACAUCUUAAUGAAGUUAAUGAACUUCUACGAUUAGCUUGUAUUAUUACUAGUAGCUAGUCUGCUAUAGUUAAUGGACAUCCUUGAUAGCAUUAUGGUGCUGCUGCUGCUACAAACUGUAGUGCACCUCAAAUGUGCACAGUUCUUUUAUUGAUGGUUUAGUAGCUUCGUACACAAUGGAUUUUUUGUUUGUGUGGGUAUUUUUUUGUUUGUUUGGUUUUGUUGCCUUAAUGAUAAAUUGUGUUUAAUGCUUCUCUCUCGGACAUGUGAAAAUUGCUGCCAAAAACUUUUAAGAUCGUCUUACAAGCCUAAGAUUAGAUUAAUCUUCCUGAAAUAUUUUAAACAUUUCUGUCUCAUAAUCUGAUAUGAAUACUCUAAAACCCUUUUGUGUGUAGUAUACUGUUUUACUGGAUCUUUUGGACAAGCAUACUGCCAAUAUUUUUCUUUUUGUUGGGUUUUGCAACUGUGAUUGGCUAAUGAGGCUGCUUAAACAUUGUGAUGUGAGAGCAAUAUUAAUGGUUUCUCGCAGUUUUGCCAUCAGUUUCUAAAUUAUCUGUUCUGACUUUUUCACCAUUGCACACUGUUUGGGUGUCCUUGUCAGCUUUUACUGCUUUCCAGAUAAUAAUGGAGCAUCCGUGUGUGGUGAAUACCAAAAAGUCCUAACUGCUGUAAAAUGCUGUACAGGUCAGCUGUAGUUGAUGUCUGUGUGCACUUGUUUGUACAGAUGACACUAUAUUUGUUCUACGAAAGAUUAAAGAAUGCUGAAUAGUAUUUUACUGCAUUUGGAUAAAAUAUAAUAGUCUACAAAUAUAUCAACUUCAUUAAAAUGACAUUUCACAACAUUUUGUGUCAACUACA